CAUGCGCAUGCCGGUCCUCUCUCUGCAGCUGAUAGCUGAUCUGUUGAGAAGCGCCAUACAACGGCAAUACGCAAUUCGCGGCAGUUCGUGUUAGCGCUUUACUGUAGUUUUCGUAUAUUCAGCUGUGCUAUUUUGGUCUCAACGCGAUUGCUUAUUGAACGAUUUGUGAGAAAGGACACGGAGAAUAUCCUGAUUAGUACCAACGAAGACGGACAAGGCAAAAAGAUGACUGAAGAACAGUGGGGAAUUAACGAUAUGGACUUUUCGCAGCCACCAGUGAACACGUCUUCGUUUGAUGAAGGACGUGCUCCCUCUCAUGGCAAAGGACGUGGCACAAUUCCAUACAACAACAAUGAUACAAAUGGCUCUGUGGGAAGACAUAAUUCCUACAACAACGGAAAAACAGAUGACCAUCAAGAAAACUAUGGUGAUAAUGCUUAUAAUGAAAAUAAUGGAUAUGAAGGUAAUAAUAGCAAAAGAUUUGGAGGAAACAACAGACGACAAGACAACGAUAGACCACGUUAUGGAAAUCAUAGAGGUGAUGGUGAUGGAAAUGAUCGUAGGUGGCAAGGCAAUAGGGAUAGGAACAAUAGUAGGCAAAAUAGAGGUAACAAUGAUGGCGAAACUGAGGAUAAUAGAUAUGAUGGAAAUUACCAGAACGAUAGAAGGGACAGACCAAGAAGAGAUAGAGAUGAUAAUAGAGGUGGAAGAAGUGGCGGUUAUGGUAGGAAUAGGGAUAGGGAUGGUGAUGAUGAAGAAAACAACGAUAGGCAGGACAGAGGGCGCAGAGGAAACGGUGGUAAAGAAGGCAAUAAUGAAGAUGAACCAAAAAAGAGAGAAAUUUAUAUUCCACCAGAGCAACCUAAUGACGAUAGUUUGUUUGGAAACGACGUAUCAGUAGGAAUAAAUUUCGAUAAAUACGAUGACAUUGAAGUAAAAGUGUCUGGUGAGAAUGCACCGCGACCGAUACAAUCCUUUAAUCAAACUGGCUUGAGAUCUAUCUUGUUGGAUAAUAUUAAGAAAUCUGGUUAUACAAAACCUACUCCUGUUCAAAAGUACGCCGUUCCGAUUAUAAUGAGUGGCCGUGAUUUGAUGGCUUGCGCGCAAACAGGUUCAGGCAAAACUGCGGCAUUUGUACUUCCUAUCCUACACACUUUGUUGGAAAGCCCAAGAGAUUUAAUUACAACGGCCACUUCCUGCGAACCGCAAGUAAUUAUUAUAUCACCCACACGCGAGCUUACCUUGCAGAUUUAUCAACAGGUCAAGAAAUUUUCUUUGAACUCUAUCUUACGCUCUGAGGUUGCUUACGGAGGAACAUCAGUUAUUCAUCAGAGAGAUAAAUUAUUUGCCGGUUGUCACAUUUUAGUCGCGACACCAGGUAGAUUGUUGGAUUUCAUUGGAAAAGGCAGAAUUAAACUUUCUUCCUUACGUUUUUUUGUACUGGAUGAGGCUGACCGAAUGCUGGAUAUGGGCUUUCUACCCGAUAUCGAAAAGAUAGUGGAUCAUGAGACAAUGGUGCCUGCAGAGGAAAGACAGACCCUUAUGUUUUCUGCUACCUUCCCGAAUGAGAUACAAGAACUUGCAAGUCGAUUUUUGAAGAAUUAUUUAUUCCUUGCCGUUGGAAUCGUAGGUGGUGCUUGUGCUGAUGUAGAACAGAAUUUCUAUCAAGCAUCUGGCCAACCCGAGAAACGAAAGUUGCUGAAAGAAAUUCUAGAGAAACAAAGUCAGAUGGGAAGUUUAGAAGGUACUUUAGUAUUCGUCGAGCAGAAGAGACACACGGAUUUCAUCGCUGCUUUCUUGUCGGAGAGCAAUUUUCCGACGACCAGCAUACAUGGCGAUAGAUUGCAGAGAGAACGAGAAGAAGCCCUGUCUGAUUUUAAGCGAGGAAAAAUGUCGAUUUUGGUAGCAACGGCGGUUGCUGCGCGAGGCUUGGACAUUAAAAAUGUCGCUCAUGUAAUUAACUUUGACUUACCAAAGGCAAUCGACGAAUACGUUCAUAGAAUUGGACGAACUGGACGUGUGGGAAACCGCGGCAAAGCGACUUCAUUCUUCGAUCCAAAUGUGGAUCUGCCACUCACUGGUGAUUUAAUCAAAAUUUUGAAACAAGCUGAUCAAGCGAUACCUGGCUGGCUAGAAUCUGGUGGUGGUGGCGGUAGCAGAACCUUUGCGCCAGGAAGAGGAUCAAGAAGAUUCGGCGGGGAGGAUAUCAGAGGCAACAAUGAUGCAUAUGGUGAGACAUAUGAUGAUGUUGGUUAUGCACCUCCUGUACCAGCCGAACCAGAAGAAGUAUGGUAGACAAGACGUGCCUCCUAUUUUAUAUAAAUUACUACUCGUUUUUUUUUAAUUUCAAAAAAUAUGGUAGAUUCUAUAAAGAAUAUGUAGACAAAAA